GGCGGGGUUGACGGGUGGUCAGAGCAGGGUCGCGGCGGUGAAUGGAGGUUUAGUGAGAAUUGCCGUCCCGCGCUUAGCGCUGUGGACAUUUCAAAGCCCUGGGGCGCGUGGGACCGUCGACCCCCUUUUGUUAGGGAAGCGUGGGCCGCGCCCAUCUGCCAGCGCUUGGGGAAUGGAUGCGCAGGCUUCCCGCGCGUCCGCGGCUUCCCGAUGCUCUGGCAGCGUUCCGCGCGAGUCUCGCCUGGGCUCCUUCAAUGGUGCCUUGUCCACCGUCCCUGUCCACGACCUGGGCUCAACGGUCAUCAAAGAAGUCCUGAAGAGGGCCGCUGUGGCUCCCGAAGAGGUGUCAGAGGUCAUAUUUGGACACGUUUUGACAGCAGGUUGUGGGCAGAAUCCCGUUCGACAAGCCAGUAUGGGUGCAGGAAUCCCUUACUCUGUUCCAGCAUGGAGCUGCCAGAUGGUCUGUGGGUCAGGCCUCAAAGCCGUAUGCCUUGCAGCCCAGUCAAUAGGGACAGGAGACUCUAAUAUUGUGGUUGCAGGAGGCAUGGAAAGCAUGAGCAAGGCUCCUCACUUGGUUCAUUUGAGGGCAGGAGUCAAGAUGGGGGAAAUGCCACUGAUGGACAGCAUACUCUGUGACGGGCUUACCGAUGCAUUUCACAACUACCAUAUGGGCAUUACGGCUGAAAAUGUAGCCAAAAAAUGGCAAGUGAGUAGAGAAGAUCAGGACAAGUUUGCAGUUUUGUCCCAGAACAGGACAGAGAGUGCACAGAAAGCUGGCUAUUUUGACAAAGAGAUUAUACCAGUUUUUGUGUCUUCUAGAAAAGGUCUUACCGAAGUGAAAACAGAUGAGUUUCCUCGCCAUGGGACCAACAUAGAAGCCAUAUCUAACUUGAAGCCUUACUUUCUCAAAGAUGGGACAGGAACAGUCACCCCAGCUAAUGCUUCAGGAAUAAAUGAUGGUGCUGCCGCUGUGGUUCUUAUGAAGAAGUCAGAGGCCGACAGUCGAGGGCUUACACCUUUAGCACAGAUAGUUUCCUGGUCACAAGUAGGUGUGGAGCCUUCCAUUAUGGGGACAGGACCAAUUCCGGCGAUAAAGCAAGCUGUUGCAAAAGCAGGUUGGUCACUGGAGGAUGUGGACAUAUUUGAAAUCAAUGAAGCCUUUGCAGCCCUGUCUGUUGCAGUAGCUAAAGAACUUGGAUUAAACCCAGAGAAGGUCAACAUUCAAGGAGGGGCGAUAGCCUUGGGCCACCCUCUUGGAGCAUCUGGCUGUCGGAUUCUUGUUACCCUGUUACACACAAUGGAGCGAAAGGGUGGACAUCGUGGUGUGGCUGCCCUAUGCAUUGGGGGUGGGAUGGGAAUAGCAAUGUGUGUUCAGAGAGGAUGAAAUUGCUUAAUGAAUCAUGCCGAAACUAAACUGAAACCUCAUCUCUUAAGCUAACAAGGUACUAAAUUGUAAUAUGUGACAUCAGAGGACCAAAGUGAGGAUGGAAACCAUCUUUCGUAAGAACCCAAGGCUUGACAGCUUGUUAUUUUUAUUAAUGUGUAAUAUUCAAGAUACAAGAUAACUGCGUCUAACAUUGUUAUAAAUAAAAGAGAAAUGAGAUCAGUCA